AUGGAGCUGCCGGCAGAGGUGGUGUGUCACGUUCUCUCGUAUGGAGCGAACCGGUCGUGGUUGGGGCAGAUGAGGCGGGUGUGCCAGCUCUGGCGCGACCUCAUCGACUCCACCCCUUCCCUGUGGGCGCGCUUCUCGGCGCUGGAGCUGGACGAUACACGGAUCGCGCCGGCAGCACUGCACGGGUUGUGCGAGCGCAUUGUGCGCGUCGAAACGGUGAGAAGCAUACACAUCGAGGGUUGCGACCAGAUCGCCUCGGCCGAGCUCGGCAUCGAAGCGAUCAUCGCGAACUGUCCGCUCUUGGAAAGCUUCACCUCUCACACUGCGCCCAUCUCUUCAACACCAACAACCUACAGCUUCCUGAGCAGCAAUGUGAAGAAAGAAGCCAAGACCCCCUACACGGAGCGGGUGUGGUGGGGAUCACCGUUCAAUGCGACCCUUGCCCCUGAGAGGGCACCGCUCCGUCUGUUUCGCACGUACGCAGAGAGACCUCGCUCGCCUCUUUGCGGUGCCUACCUCGACUGA